AUGGCUCUCUCGGUCAACGGACGGUCAGCUAUCAUUACUGGAGCAGGCUCUGGAAUUAACUUCGCCUUUGCGAAGCUGCUGGUGGAUAAUGGGUGCAACGUCUUGAUCGCAGACUUGGCCCUGCGCCCCGAGGCGAAGGUGCUUGUCGACAAACACUCAAGUGGAGCUGCACGAGCCGUAUUCCAAGAGACAGAUGUGAGAGACUGGUUGCAGCUAGAGCGCAUGUUCGAGGUUGCAGAGAGAGAGUUCGGCGAGAUCGAUAUCGUUUGCCCGGGUGCCGGAGUCUACGAACCGCACUGGAGCAACUUUUGGCGCCCACCCGGUUCCGCGCCCAGCCAGGAUUCGCCCGAUGGAGGUCGAUAUGCUCUGGUCGACAUCAACAUUACACACCCCAUUCGCGUGACACAACUGGCCAUUGCGCAUUUCCUACGCCACAAAGAAAACGGUCGACCGAAACACAUCAUUCACAUCUCCAGCAUCGCUGGGCAGAAUGCCGCAUUUUCGGCGCCUAUCUACGUCGCGACGAAGCACGCUAUUAAUGGCUUGGUUCGGUCACUGGCCAAGCUCGAGACGCUCGAUAUUCGAGUUACAGCCGUGGCUCCAGGCGUCAUCAAGACACCGCUCUGGACAGACCAUCCCGAAAAGCUGAAAAUGGUUGAUGACAGUGUCGACGUGUGGGUGACGCCCGAAGAAGUGGCUACCGUGAUGUUGGCGCUUGUGCAGCAGCAGCAGGUGAGCGAGACCAUCGGAGAUCGGUCUGGCCGGGGCCCGCAGUUCCCAGUGAGCGGGGGUACAAUCCUAGAAGUGUCAAAGACCGUGCGGGCAGUCGGGCAGUUCAACGAUCCAGGCCCCGGGGACCGGCCCGGCAACACUGCAGCCGACCAUGCAGCCGUAGAGUCGGAAAGUUUCCGUCUGUUGGCGGCAGAGGGAUGGGGUCGAUCCAAGUUGUAA